AUGGAAGAGCUUCCAAUCGAGCCGCGGGGCAUUUUCUGGCAGUCCGACUUCAUCACGGUGGACCACGAACAGAAGCUCCUGCAAAAAUUUCGGCAUGAGUUGCAGUGGCCCGACAGUAAGGGGUCGUCAGCCCGUCUAUCUCUGCACUACGGCUACACGUUCGACUACAAGACCUUUGGCGUCGAUCCAGACAUCCCGUACAAGACAUUUCCAGACUGGCUGGAGCCCCUGAUCCCGACCUCGGAGGGCCGGCCGCCAGAACAGGUGUGUCUGCAGUAUUACCCGCCCGGCGCAGGUAUCCCGCCGCACGUCGACACGCACUCGCCGUACGACCAGCUGUAUGCGCUGUCUCUGGGCGCGCCGGUGAUUAUGCAGUUCCGCUUGGGGGAUCAGCGGACAGACGUCGAUUUGAUACCUCGCAGCAUGAUGCAGAUGUCGGGCGACUCGCGCCUGCACUGGACCCACGGUAUCAAGAAGCGCAAGAGGGACACGCUGAGCGAUGGCAUGAUACGGCUGCGCGAAGAGAGGUGGAGCAUUACCUAUCGGUGGUUGCGGAAAGAACCAGAGUGCGACUGCGGCGAUGAGAAGCUCUGCGAUACGGCGCAACGGCGGCUGGGCAUCGAGCGAGAGUAUCGGUGGAAGCAGCAAAACGACGACUCGGCAAUACCAAACUCUUCCUAA